ACCAAUCACCGCUCCUCCCUCGGACGCUCGGGAUUUACCUCAGGAGAAGGUGGCAUGGCGGACAGAGAGCUUAGGUGUGAGGGGAGCGAUGAGGAGGAGCUGCCUACUUUACCCUCCCUGCUGCAGCCCUCGCUAUCGCCGCUGCUACCGCACAGCGGGCUGACUCACCGGCGACCCUCGUCCCCCGCUCCCAAGCUAGGGAGGGCGGCGGGGUUGGUUGUGGUGGUGAGCAGUGGGAGCGAGGAGGAAGAGGAGGACGUGGUGGAAGCCAUCCCUCUGCACGAGAGGAUCAAGAGAAGGGUAGAAGCUGAGAGAGAAGUGGCUUUUAAGCCCCCCCAGCCGGGCGGAGGGGAUGCAUCAGGGAGAGCUGGCCUUUGUGCUAACGGUGACCUUUUGACACCUGGUAGUGGAGGGCUGCGGGAACCCCUGGUGUCAUCUGGAGAAGUGUCUUGUGGCAGCCAAAAUGGCAUGUGCGGUGCUGAGAGGACUAUAGCCUCUCAGUCUGAAUCCAUGCACCAGGCUAAUAAGCCCCUGCUAAGUGGAGCAAGCCCAGAAACAUCCCCCUGUCCCAAGAAGCUGAAAUGUAGUCAGAAGGGAAGGGAGGCAAACUGCCAGGCUGUGUGGCAGAGGAGGAAAGAACGAGAAGAACGGAGGAGGCAGCAGGAGCAGGAAAAAGAGAGGAAGAGGGCCCUUGCUAAGAUGCUGAAAGCUCAGCGACCGGGGGAGUGCCAGAAAUACAUAACAGUGGUGCUAGAUCCAGUUCUUUUGCAGGUAGAAGGUGGUGGCCAGAUCCUUAGUGCUUUGCAGGCUGCAAAGUAUUCCUGUGUUGUUGAGAGUCAGGCUGUUCCCUGCAGCAUCACCUGGAGGAGAAAAACUGUGUUAUCUCAGAUAGAAGAAGGAGAUGAAUGGACAGAAGAACCAAAUGUCCUGGUUCUGCUUCGCUUGGAGGAGUUUUUGUCCAUGGUUCACAACUACAAACAAGAGGCCCAGGGCUGUGCGGAAGGACAGGGGGAGACCCUACAGAGCUACGUAUCUCGUGUGAUGGAGAAAAUGCCUGGGAAAAUUCUGGCGCUGGCAGUAGCUGAAGUAGAAAACUAUUUCAGAGUUCAGUCAAAAAAGAGACCUCAACAUGUAGCAGCGAGUGGAAAUGAAGAGGAACAGGGAAAACGGAGAAAAAAGAACACUAAGGACUCUGGCCUGAAGAUAACCAGAAUGGAUGUGGAAGAAGCCUUGGUGGAUCUGCAGCUGGACAAACAAGUCCAAGUCAGCUUUUUUGAGAGCUGUGAGGAGCUUGGAGAAUUUGCCACUAUGUUCACAAAAGCUGUAGCUGAAGCACCAUUCAAGCGAGAGCAAGAGAAGACGGGCUUCCCUUUCUACUUAGAGAAGGGGUGGUGUGGAGGGGUGAAGGUGGAUCGUUCCGGAAAGGGUCUCUUGGAAGUUUGGAAGAGGCAGAUACAACAAUUCAACCGGGUCAGCCUCGAGAUGGCUGAGGCUAUUGUGUCUGCCUACCCUUCUCCUCAGCUGCUGAACCAGGCCUACAGCAGGUGCUCCUUGGAGCAGGAGCGGGAAAACAUGCUGGCUAACAUCCUUGUGCGCCGUGGUGACGGUGUGACGGCCACCUGCCGGCGGAUCGGACCCGAACUCUCACGCCGAAUCUAUCUGCAGAUGACUUCCCACGAUCCUGGUCUCUACUUGGAUUUCACUGGCUAGCCCUUGGCAAGGAGGAUUUUACUGUUUGCUUGGUUUAAGUAUUUAGCUUCCUUCUGGGAAGGAGUGCUCAGAUGGCAAAUAGAGACGUUGAUCCUAGCUUAAAGACUUAAAACACACUUAGACUUUAUAGUAGUGAAGGAAGGUUGGAUAAAAUUGCUGAAUGGCUGGAAUUUGCACAAGAAAGAUGGUGAACAUCUUCCAUAAGAGCAUGAGCUGGACACUUACAGUACUGAUAGUUCCUUUUAUUUGUCUUCCUAGAAAAUAAAUAAUUUUGAAUAAUAAUAAUGAUCUUUUGCUAUUUAACAUGCCAUCUUGAAUAUAGAAAGGUAUGUCAUCUGUUGAAAGGAAUACUUUUUACUGCUAUCCUAAACUGCAAGCAGUUACCUUCUCUCUCCAAUGUGAAAAAUCCUAAUGCUAAAAGCAACAUGGUGCUGCCCCCCAAGCACCUGCUCGAGUGAGGUGGAAGAACUUCUACCUCACAAACAGACUCUCAGUUUUCCGCUGUGGCAGAUGGGAAUGAGUAAGACUAAUUUUCAGACAUUAAAUUUAGACUGCCUUGAUUCAGUCUCCAGCUGGCUUAAUCUAUAGAGAGUCUUGAAAUCUGAUUAUAUGUGCCGGAAUGAUGAGGACCAAACAGUUGGCAGAAAAAGCUUUCUUUUUAAUUAGACUGGGGAACGUGCUCGCCUGUCCACAAAGCCACAGGCACUUGUGUGCACACAAGGACAGCUAGAGUCUUUUGCGACAGCAGCGCUUACCAAGAUGAGCACAGAGAGUGAAUUAAACCGCAGCCGAAGUCUGGAGGUUACCCACUGGAGCCGUUGUGGUCUCGAAUGAAAAAAUACCCACCUGCCACGCUGGCUUCAGGCAUUCAGCAGGAGUCCUUGCUGGCCGGUGGUGCGCUUCUGACCUGAACUGCUAAAUCCUGUUAGCCUGGCAUUUGUGAACUUAAGCACUGCUCUCCUAGAUGGCAAAGCAGCAGACUCCUGCCAGGCGCUCGCAGGAGCGUCUGCAGAGCGGAAAUUUCACUCUGAAUGUUGUUUGCUGUGUUUCUGAACCUUGCUGGAUAGUAAGCAAGGACCUUUUAAAGUGUGGGAUGAAUCAGAUACCAAAAGCAAAGCCUAAAGCUGUUUCAAGGAAGCUCAGAAGACACAUGCACUGCUAAGCCAGAGGUAGGCAGCC